CAGCCAUAUUUGAUUCGAUUAUGCUGUUCUGGCUGCGACAACCAGUUUAGCCAGUUCUUAACGAAAAAAAAAAAAAACAACGGUGUCUUUUCUUCACUAGGCGGCCAGCUUCACGGUUAAUCGGCGACGAAGUCCAACUGUAUUCACAACAACGACAGCUUAUACCCUGUAGUCAACGAUGAAUCCCGAAUACGAUUAUUUAUUCAAACUGCUCCUGAUCGGCGAUUCUGGUGUCGGAAAGUCUUGCCUCCUUCUCCGGUUUGCAGAUGAUACGUACACAGAGAGCUACAUAAGCACCAUCGGCGUGGACUUCAAGAUCAGGACCAUCGAGCUGGACGGCAAGACCAUAAAACUUCAGAUCGUAAGGAGAACGUUGUGUAAUCGAGCCGCAAAUAGACGAGCAGUAAAUCAUCCCUGGAUCAUGUUUGGACCGACGGGCUGUGCUUUGCUUCCUCAGUGGGACACGGCCGGUCAGGAGCGGUUCCGCACCAUCACGUCCAGCUACUACAGAGGAGCUCACGGCAUUAUAGUGGUUUACGAUGUGACGGAUCAGGAGUCCUUUAACAACGUCAAACAGUGGCUGCAGGAGAUCGACCGCUACGCCAGCGAGAACGUCAACAAGCUGCUCGUGGGCAACAAGUGUGACCUCACCACCAAGAAGGUCGUGGAUUACACCACAGCCAAGGAAUUUGCCGACAACCUGGGGAUCCCCUUCCUGGAGACGAGCGCCAAGAGCGCCACCAACGUGGAGCAAGCCUUCAUGACCAUGGCGGCCGAGAUCAAGAAGCGGAUGGGCCCCGGGGCCACGGCCGGCUCCUCGGAGAAGUCCAACGUGAACAUCCAGAGCAAGCCGGUCAACACCUCGUCCGGAGGCUGCUGCUGAGGGGCCACCAAGACGAAACGCCACGCCCGACCCCCCCACCCACCCACCCUCACCCCCCCGAGCACCCGACCAGUCUCAAUGUUACCAUGCUCCACAGGGAGAGGGAGGAAGGGAGAGAGAGAGAGGAGGAGAGAAGGAGAUAGACAGAUGGGGAAAGACACGACUUUGAGGGGACGGGUUUGUGCAGAAACAUCAGAUUCCCGUCCCAUCCUUUCAGAGUCAGCAAUAGGACGGUAAGUCCAUCGACCCCCACAGAACGCAGCGGGCGGCUCAUUCUUUUUCUUUUCUUUACGUACUGGGGUAAAAAAAAAACAACUAAAUGUAUACGAUUUUAACAGUGUGUGAAGUUAACUAAUGAGAGAAAACACACGUAUUCAGGUUUUCUUCUUUUUGUUUUCCCUUUUCCAUUUUUUGAGUUUGCUAAAUUAGUCACUUUUCUAAAAAAUAAAAAUAAAAAAAAUGAACCCACCCAGGAAAAAAAUCACAGAAGAAACCCCCCCCCUCCACAAGGUGGUCUUUUAUUUGGCUGUCGAUAAGAGCCCGACUUCGGCCCCCGAUUCUCCUCCGACAUUUGACUCGGUGAGCACUUCAAAUGAAGCACAUGCUUAGAACCAGCACCAUGCACGCUCAGAACAGGUGACACCCCCCCCCCCCCCUCCCCCUUAUUCGGUGUGCAUGUGUGCGGCGUCCUGAUUACCGAUUACAACACCUGCCCCCGCCCCUUCUUAACUAAACAAACGAUGUGCCAGUGCCUUUGUGGCAGGAGAUUAUUUACAUGACACUUAUGCCUUCGGUGCUCCCGUGUUGUCGGCGUGUUUCCCCUCGUUUGCCCACAAGUCGUGACUUCUUACUGGAAGGGUCCACGCUGUACGAUAGCGGCCUACAUUCCUGUGUGUGUAUAUAUAUAUAUAUAAUAUAUAUAUAUAUCUUUAUUCGGCUCCGUGUGUGCUCUGCUGGGUCUUGGCGAUACAAUAAGCAUGUGCUACAUUGGGAGACGUGACGUCAGCCGCGUUUUUUGUUGUUUUUUUUCCCCUCCGCUAAUGUUCCUUCAACCGACAGCACAACCGCAACAGGAGAAGCGGGAGAACCACCAUCCCAGCUCGAGAAUAAUCUAUAAACUGUAUAUAUUUAUACAUAAAUGUAAGAAGUGAUUUGCAAAUUGUGUUGAAGCAAGCGAAUGACAUGAUAAAUAGAUGGAACUAGUAAUCUCGACACGUGAUUUGUGGCUGCGGACAUGACAUUUUUUGUGGCACGAUGUCUACUAUUAAAAGCGAUGAAGGAGAUCUUUGAUAA